CCUUGUCGCAUCUUCACAAAACAUCACAGCAACAUUGAAGUUCUUCUGAAACUCAAACUCAAGCUCAAGCCCAAGCUCACAACGCUUGUUGCUUAUCGCAUGUUGCCAAUAUGGAUCCUAAUAAUAUAUCACCCGAACUAGAUCAUCUUGACGAUGAACUCGAUAGUCUAGAGGCGGCCCUCCAACCCAUCCUUCAUAACGUGUCGGAUGUGGCCACCAAGCUGCCUUUGCUCGACAAGGCUAAGCUCUAUGUGCUUAUGACCUAUGCGAUCGAGUCUAUGCUGUUCUCCUCUCUUAGACUUAACGGCGUUAACGCAAAAGAACAUCCCGUCUUCAAGGAAUUAACUCGAGUACGGCAAUACUUUGAAAAGAUCAAGAAUAUUGAAAACCCACCGCAGAAACCUGAGAAGACUCUCAACAAGGAAGCCGCCAUUCGAUUCAUUCGAGCAGAUCUAGCUGAAAACAACAACGCCGAGCUCAAUACUACGUUAAGCGAAAUGAUUGCUAAGGAGCGCGCGAAGGCUGCGCUUAAGGCGGCCACGGCUGGUGGUAAGCGUAAAGCUGGAGAGUCCAGUAUCUCAGAGGAACCAAGUGCCGGAUCAAAUGCCAAAGACGCUGCGGCAGAAACAUCACAAAAGAAGAGUAGGACGGAAAAGAAGGAAGGGAAGAAGCACAAGGAUAAGAAGAACAGAAAAUUUGACAAGUGAAGAGAGACGUACCAUCUCCGUUAUCAUACAUAUAUCCUCAGUUGAAGUCGGUAUGGGGAAGUGGGAUAUGAUGUCUUGCCAUCCACGAUAGAAAGUCGAACAGAUACCCGGCAUUUCCGAAAGCCUGAUAACGCUGUUACGACGGAAGAAAAAAAAUCCAUGAUACAAGGAAUAUUUCGAGGCAAAAGACUGCUUGCGCUCACAAGCGCCACGCAUCAAGCAUCAGCCUACGAAUCUGAUAGAACUACUUAACCUAGGAACUUAGGUGUUUCUUUAGAAGCAUUGGCCCUCAAGAAUAGGGUUGCUGAUAAAAUCGGACUUCCUCCAAUUCACGAUAUGUGAGCCGAGGUCUCGGUUCUAUAGUUACUACAUUAUUGUAGUAACUUACAUAAAACAUAAUAAAAUAGAGAGAACCUUGAAAAAACCUAUUACAUUUGGGCAUACUCCAACUAUGCUACUAGUUGUAUAGAAGGC